AUGGAUUUUCAAUCGAAAGAACAAGAGAGUGAAUCGAAUAAGCUGAAAGAGAGGAUCGAAAAACUAGGCAGAACAGUGACGGAUCUGGAAACAACUAUGAUGCUGCUGGUGAUGGGUUAUAUUUUCUUCCAAGGCGCCAUAUUCGCGUCUGUUUUCCACAAUCCCAGCAACAUGUCGUGCGAGUAUUGGUGGAUUCCUUUCUCCCUCUCCUGUCUGAUUUGCGUCAUCUUCGCCAUCCCAUUUCAGUCUUAUGUCACAAAUUGGGAGCGAACAAAACAUCAUUACUCCUCGGCCUUUCUAAAGCAAGAUUUGCUUAACCACAAGAUGGUCACUUCCUCCUCAGUCGAAACCAGGAUGUAUGAUCAGCCGCAGUCGCCGCCGCAGCAGCAGGGAAUAUUGAAGAACGAUAGGGCGCAAGUUUACCAGAGAAACGCAUUCAUAUACCUGGUUUCUUUAGCCCUUCUGGCCUACACCAUCCUUAUUUUGAAGGCAUGCGGAUCCAUUCCCUGCCACGGAGAUGCUACACCCUAG